AUGGCCGAGGCGCCGCACAACUACGCUGUCAAGCAGCAGGUGGUGGACAAGAUGCCCGCGCGCAUCAAGCACAUCCAGUUCGGCAUCUACUCCAACCAGGACAUUGUCAACCAGGCCGUCCUCGAGGUCUCGGACCGCAAUGUCUACGACCUCGCCCCCGCCGCCGACAACACGCGCACCCUCACCGCCAACGGGCCCAUGGACAUCCACAUGGGCAUCUCGACCAAGACGGGCAAGUGCGGGACCUGCGGCGAGGGCCUCGACAAGUGCAACGGCCACUUUGGCCACAUCAAGCUUGCCCUGCCCGCCUUCCACGUCGGCUACCUGAAGCACAUCAUCGAGGUCCUCAACUGCAUCUGCAAAGACUGCUCGCGCGUCCUGCUGGACGAGGUCGAGCGACGCCGCUACCUGCGCAGCAUGCGCCGCCCAGACAUGGACACGCUGCGCCGAAGCGCCGUCUCGAAGCGCAUCUUGGAGGACUGCCGGAAGAAGAAGCUGUGCCCCUACUGCAACGCCCUGCAGGGCACCGUCAGGAAGGUGCCCGGCCAUCCGCUCAAGAUCAUCCACAACCGCUACGAUGCCUUCAACCGAUCGACCGCAAAGACGAAAAAGGCCCCCGCCGGCAAGAUCGAGUUUGACCAGUCCUUCGACACCGCCAAGGCAGCCAACCCCGAGCUCGACAAGCACCUGAAGAAGGCGGCCGACGACAUGCACCCCCUGCGCGCCCUCAACCUGUUUAAGAAAAUCUCCCCCGAGGACUGCGAGCUGCUGGCCAUGAUACCAGAGGAUGCGCGGCCAGAGAUGCUGAUCUGGGAAUACAUGCCUGUCCCGCCCGUGGCGCUGCGGCCCUCCGUCAUGCAGGAAGGAGGAGCCACCGAAGACGACGUGACAAACAAGAUUGGAGACAUCUGCCAGAUCAGCAGCAUCAUCCGAGCUGGCCUGGCCCGAGGCUUUCCGCUCCAGAUCCUCAUGGAGCAGUGGGAUUUCUUGCAACUGCAGAUCGCCAUGUACAUCAACAGCGACGCGCCAGGUCUGAAGCAGCAGGGUUUGCAGAAGACCAUGCGCGGCUUCUCGCAGAGACUGAAGGGCAAAGGUGGACGCUUCCGUCAGAACUUGUCCGGAAAGCGUGUCGACUUCUCAGGCCGUACGGUCAUUGGACCCGAUCCGAAUCUGAGUAUCGAGGAAGUCGCUGUGCCAGAACGUGUCGCAAAGAACCUGACAUAUCCCGAGAAAGUGACAAGAUACAACAUCGAGAAACUGAGGAAGCUGGUGCUGAACGGUGCCAACAAGUACCCCGGCGCGAACUUUAUCCUCAAAGACGAUGCCGAGAGGACGCCCAACAGGGAACGCACCAAGAUUUCCCUGGCCGCACUGACCAAGCACGACCGGAAAGGGGAACGCUUGAAGUUCCCCGCGGAAAAGCUCAGAAUAGGCGACAUUGUCGAGCGGCACAUUGAAGACGGCGACAUCGUACUGUUCAAUCGACAACCAUCUCUCCACAAGCUUAGCAUUCUCAGCCACAGAGCCAAGGUUCGACCAUGGAGAACAUUCCGUCUCAACGAGUGCGUGUGCAAUCCUUACAACGCAGAUUUCGAUGGCGACGAGAUGAACUUGCACGUUCCUCAAACCGAAGAAGCACGCACAGAAGCUACGGAGCUGAUGGGCGUGAAGUACAACAUUGCAACCCCCAAGAACGGAACACCCAUCAUCGCCGCCAUCCAGGAUUUCAUCACGGCUGCCUUCCUGCUCAGCAACAAAAGCAACUUCUACGACCGACGGACGUUCUGCCAGAUCGUGAACUACAUGUUCAAUGGAGAUGGAGCAUACGACCCCGACACAGGCAAGACCUUGCCCAUCGAGAUUCCGCCGCCAGUCAUCUGGAAGCCACAAGCACUCUGGACCGGAAAGCAGGUCUUCAACUUGCUCAUGAGGCCUAACAAGGAAUCGAGGGUCCUUGUUAACCUAGAAGCUGCGAACAAGAUGUUCAAGCCGAAGGCGGGCGUGCCGCACGACCUCAGCGAUAACGACUCGUACCUGGUUAUUCGCAAUUCAGAAGUAAUGUGCGGGUGCAUGGACAAGGCAACCGUCGGUGACGGAAAGAAGGACUCGGUCUUCUAUGUCAUGAUGCGAGAUUUCGGCCCUCAACAUGCAGUACAAGGCAUGAACCGACUGUCUAAGCUGUCUGCACGCUGGCUUACUAACAACGGUUUCUCCCUCGGCAUCAGCGACGUCACUCCAGGCGAGAAGCUCAUGCAGAAGAAGCAAGCUUUGGUCGUAGAAGCUUACAGGCAGUGCGACCAGAUUAUCAGCGACUUCCAAGAAGGCAAGCUGCAGCGCGAUCCUGGUUGUGACGAAGAGAAGACAAUGGAGAACAGGAUUGGUGGUAUCCUCUCAAGCGUUCGCCAAGCAGCCGGUGACAUUUGUUUCGAGGAACUCAGCAGAUGGAACUCGCCCCUGCUCAUGGCCAAGUGCGGUUCAAAGGGUUCCAACCUCAACGUCUCUCAGAUGGUUGCGUCCGUCGGUCAACAGAUGAUUGGCGGUGCACGUGUCGCAGACGGCUUCCACCACCGGACACUACCGCAUUUCCCCAAGGCAGCCCGACAGCCAGCUGCCAAGGGCUUCGUCAGUAACAGUUUCUUCUCAGGCCUGACACCCUCUGAGUUCAUCUUCCACGCUAUGAGUGGUCGUGAAGGAUUGGUCGAUACCGCUGUCAAGACUGCAGAAACUGGAUACAUGAGUAGACGAUUGAUGAAAUCCCUUGAAGAUUUGUCCGCAUCCUACGAUGACACAGUGCGCAACUCUUCUGGAACUGUUGUGCAAUUCCAGUAUGGAGAUGACAAUCUGGAUCCAGUGGAUAUGGAAGGCAAGGCAAAGCCUGUAAAUUUCGACCGCACGUUCUCGCACGCUGUUACCUCGACGUGGAACAACGAAGAGCCCACCCUUGUCCCUAAGGAGGUUCGAGAUCACGUCCAUGCUCGGAUGAACACAGAGCGAAACAAGUACCCCCGAUACAAACUCGAUGGGGUGACAAGGCUGGCCUUCGACGACAACAGCGAUUCUGGUAUUGAUCAGAAGGAGUCCAUGCGCGACUUCCUCGACACUGUUGAGGACUAUGUAGGCAAGAAGGCAACCAAGCUCGAAACUACGCUCUUGUACUUGGGUGUUGCAGAACCUUUGCAGAGUCUAGAGAAGCUUCCUGUCGAGAUCGCGGAGAGGUACAGCCUCGCUGAUGGUAUCGCCAAGAUCUCGCAAACCGCUCUUGACACGUUCAUCGACCUCUGUCUUACCAAAUAUCACCGCUCACGAGUUCAGCCUGGUCACGCUGUGGGUGCCAUAGGUGCGCAGUCCAUCGGUGAGCCUGGUACGCAGAUGACGUUGAAGACUUUCCAUUUUGCUGGUGUCGCCGGUAUGUCCAUCACCCAGGGUGUCCCUCGUAUCAAGGAGAUCAUCAACGCCUCCUCCACCAUCUCCACGCCCGUCAUCACCUGCGAGCUGUCCAACAAGAUCUCUGAAUCCGCAGCACGCAUUGUCAAAGCACGUGUCGAGAAGACCUUCUUACGGGAUAUCAUAUCCUACGUAGAAGAUGUCUGGCACCCUAGCGGCGCCUACAUUGCUAUGCGCAUUGAUUGGGAUACGGUCAACGCUCUUUUCGUCGAUAUCCAGCCUCACGACAUCAUUCACGCAAUUCAAAAGCACAAGCCUCUCAAAUGGGGCAAGUCAGGCACCAACGUCCGCAUCUCCUCUUCGCUCAUCCGUGUCGAGGUCGCAGACCCAAGUGCGGCCAAGAAGCGCCCAACAAAGACCGCUCGCAACCAGAAAGAGUUCUUCGAGCGCGUUCAACACGUCAAGGCUUUGAUUCCGGACGUCGUCAUCAAGGGCUAUGCGGACUGCCAGCGUGCCAUCAUCAAGAAGGACACCUCUCCCAACAAGAAUGGUGACUACGAAUGCCAACUCCUUGUCGAAGGCUACGGCUUCAAAGACUGCAUGACCACGCCCGGUAUCGAGCCUUACACCACCAAGUCCAACCACGUCAUGGAAGUCCGCGACGUCCUCGGCAUCGAAGCCGCCCGCUCAACCAUCGUGCGUGAAAUCAGCUCCGUCAUGGGCAACAUGGACAUCGAUCCCCGUCACAUGCAGCUCCUCGCCGACGUCAUGACCUUCAAGGGCGACGUAUACGGCAUCACACGUUUCGGUCUCCAGAAGACGCGCGACUCUGUGCUGCAGCUGGCCAGUUUCGAAAAGACGCCUGACCACUUGUUCGAAGCUGCAGCUAGGGGCAAGAUCGAUAGCAUCGACGGUGUCUCCGAGUGCAUCAUCAUGGGCCAGAGCGUCAAGCUGGGCACCGGCGCUAUGCAAGUCAUCAGACCGCUGGGACUCACGACGGACGAGGUCAAGGUUAAGAGGACCAUGUUCGAGGAAGGGUGGGAUGCGUUGUAA